UAGAGGAAAGUUUGGAGCURAUAACGAGAACAACAAGGAAGAAAACUUGAAGAAUUCAACGUCACUUCUUUGAGUAAUACUCGAGAGGUCUGAUCGACCAUGUCAAACGAAACCGUUCAUUGUUGUCAUCCGAAUAUUGAUGGUGCCUUUCCGCCACCACAUCCAAUCCGCGGGAAUGACACGUACCGCAUGUGGUYGAUGGUCAGCCAGAAGAACCAGAGCUUCUUGAAGAGAAAUUAUCAGGACCAGUCACUGCUGUUCGAUGGAGAUGUUCAUGUCGAUCCUAUGAAAUCUGUCUUCGUAAACAUUGAAGYGAAAAAUGCUGGCUCUUCAACCCAAAAGCUUUAUCGACUUCAGUUUGCUGACCCUAACGAUGACGAUAAAGUCUUCAUGAUCAAUGGCGAAAUGCAGAACGGCAAACCUGUGGUCACGCUGAAGCAUGUUGAUGAAACCUCCAAUACACCAAACGGAGCUAAAUUUGAGGCGAUUACCUUUUACGCCUUCACAAUGUUCCGUUGCUUCAGCGUGGAUGGCCAGACAGACCUGUACCUGGCAUCAGACAGGGAUGGAAAGGUCCUUUUGAUCAAUGGAGGAAUCACAAGAUAUCCCAAUCCGGCAAUGCUUUUCAUCGCUAAUCAAGUCAUAUAAACCAGUACCCAAGGAUCCAUGCAACCUGAAAAUGCUUAAAAUUUAUUGAUUCUCGUAAGAUAUUUUUUGUAGAGCUUGUUUUUAUUUUUGCGGAACUCGAUGACUCAAAAUCCUGGAAAAUCUAAUUUGAUGGAUGGAGUGAGCCAAGACGCGCCGGAAACGCAAACGCAUAAAAACGCCACACGGAAAGUAUCCACUAGUGUUUGCUUAAUAUUUUUGUACGAUUAUUUUAAUCAAUAAAGCUUAGCAUGUGAGUAAA